AUGGAUUACAUGAACUUGGGGGUUACUUCCCGUAAAACUGGAAUCAAAAUACGACAAGAUAUACGCAAAGAUGAGUACUCCAUGGAUAAUGUUGAUGAAUUUUUCAAAGAUAACGAGAGCUCGAUUUCGUUUCGCAGAAAAAGCCGUAAAUCAUCGCUGCUUCCCUUCGAUAAUUCUGCUUUUCCACCGCCGGUUUUCGAAGGCAGAUCAAGACGAAGUACGAACUUUUUACCCCCCAGUGUGCCCACCAUAGACGAAAAUUAUGCAGAACCUUCAAUAGAGGAGGCUAUCCAACCAGAGCUGGAUGGAUCGAUGCCGAACGAUUGGGGAGACGAAGGCGGAGCUGAAGAUAAGGAAUUACCUCUUUUACCAGAGAAGCAGGUGGACAACCAACCAAAGAAAAGUGAGAAUAAAACGAUAAAUUAUGAACCUGAUUAUCGAAGCGACGAUUUUGAAAACGAUGGCGACGCUGAGGGCGUUCCACAGACUCCACCUUCCGACUAUGGAAAUGAGAGCUAUCGAGACGUUCCCGAUUUGGUAGCAGACGAUGACGACGACGAUGAUGAGCCGUCCCAUGGAAACACGUCUUUCAACACUUCUGAAAAUGCACUACUGGAGGAUGAGCUGGAGCGAGACAAUGGGUCAUUGAGUGAAGAAGACAGAGACUACGUCGAACCCUCGGGGCUUCUUGACGCUGUGAAUUCAAGCGAAUCCGAGGGUGAAGAUAGCGAGAUUGAUUACGGCGGAGCUGAAAAACGUUCUGCUUUCUCAAACGUUACAAACAAUUCGUAUAAUAGUCGACAAAAGGGAGCGAAGAAUGCUGGACAUUCAGGCCAAGAAGGAUCGCUUGAGGAGAGCUCGGAUGAAGAGUUUAUCCAGGAUCAGGCUCAAGACUUAGGACGAGAAGUCAAUUUUGCAAGAGUGAACGGGUUAAGGAAAUCUAAUAGGGUGAAAAUAGCGCCCUUGGAAUACUGGAGAAAUGAGAAGGUGGUUUACAAGCGUAAAUCGAGAAAACCCGUGCUGGAAAUCGAUAAGGUCAUAACUUUCGAGGAGGAAGAUGAUGAAGAAGAAGAAGAUCUAAGAAGGAGAAAGAAGAGUAAGAAUAGGCCAUACAACUAUACUUCAACAGGGAGACCGCGUGGAAGACCUAGAAAAGGUCAAAAUACAGGUGUGACCUCAGAAACUGCAUUGCACAACCCCAAUCAGCACUUGAUUACCAGAGUCAAGCAAGGCACACUUCAAAACUCUGGGUGGUAUGAAGCGGGAGAAUAUCGAGGACUCGUGAACGCUUCUUCGGAUCACAAACAUAAAGAAGAGGACAUCUUGGCUCGUUCUAACUUUCAGUCGAUUCCCCAGUACAGACGCAAUACAAAAGAUGAGUCGUAUACCUUGGCUGUGCUUUUCGACAAAAACAAAGAAUCAUUCGCAAGUGGAAUUUUAACCCUGCCCCUGGGAGCGGACAAAAAGCUAUCUGAUUCUUAUAAUGUUGCCAUCAACUUCUACCUCAUUGAAGGCGUCAUAGAGAUCACGAUUGGCCAAAAUAAGCUAAUUUGUACCGAGGGUUGUGCUUUUCAAGUGCCUGCUUUCAAUGAGUAUUCGCUUUCUAACAAGGGAAAAAGUAUUGCCAAAAUGUACUUCGUACAGGUUUCGCUGCCUGAACUCAGCAAUACUAAGAAGCCAACUGGUGCGGAAACGGUAAACCUCCGGCAAGAAGAUUCCCGUAUGGGAGACUCACUUAGUGACAUGAGCAUAUCGCAAGGUUGA